CUCACUCACUGCACUCCCAUCCUCCUCCCCUCCACACACACGCACACACGCACACACACCAUGGAUCCAUGUCUCACCAUCAUCCUCUGCAUUCAGCCCUGAUCCACCGACAGAAUCCACCUGAUUUCCUCUCACUCUUACAGCUGCUUUUUAUUAUUCACAUCACAGUUGUUAUAUCUGUGCGGAUCCAGCUGCGGAAUGAAGUCGCUGCUUUUCUCGGCACUGCGGGACAAAGCCAUGAAUCCCUGGCUGCUCUUCGCGCUGCUCGGUCUCUGUUCAGCCAUUGGGCCCAGUAAACAGGAAGAUGAAGACUACGAGGAUGUACCCAUAAAUAAAACCUGGGUGUUAUCGCCAAAGGUCUAUGAGAGUGACGUGACUUUGAUCCUCAAUAAACUGCUGCAGGGCUACGACAACAAACUGCGGCCUGACAUCGGAGUGCGGCCGACUGUGAUUGAAACAGCAGUUUAUGUCAACAGUAUCGGACCAGUGGACCCCAUCAACAUGGAAUACACCAUUGACAUCUUCUUUGCCCAAACAUGGUAUGACAGCCGAUUGAAGUUCAACAGUUCGAUGAAGCUGCUCAUGCUUAACAGUAACAUGGUAGGCAAAAUCUGGAUUCCUGACACCUUCUUCAGGAAUUCCCGCAAAUCCGAUGCCCACUGGAUCACAACUCCCAACCGACUUCUGAGGCUGUGGAGUAAUGGACGAGUCAUGUACACACUGAGGUUGACUAUUAAUGCGGAGUGUUACCUUAAGCUGCAUAACUUUCCAAUGGAUGAGCACUCGUGUCCACUGGAGUUUUCGAGCUAUGGUUAUCCAAAAAACGAGAUCACAUAUCGGUGGCAGAGGCGGGCAGUGGAGGUGGCCGACCAGCGUUACUGGAGACUCUACCAGUUUGCUUUUGUUGGGAUGAGGAAUACCACCGAUGAGGCACACACUCAAUCAGGGGAAUAUGUCAUAAUGACAAUAUUUUUUGACUUGAGUCGGCGGAUGGGUUAUUUCACCAUUCAGACGUACAUUCCCUGCAGCAUGAUAGUGGUCUUGUCCUGGGUAUCCUUCUGGAUUAACAAGGAUGCCGUCCCAGCUCGGACAUCUCUAGGAAUCACUACAGUCCUCACUAUGACAACUCUGAGCACCAUCUCCAGGAAGUCUCUGCCGAAGGUUUCCUACAUCACUGCCAUGGAUCUCUUCGUCUCUGUCUGCUUCAUCUUCACCUUCGCUGCUCUUAUGGAGUAUGGAACCUUGCACUACUUCACCAGCAACCGGCAGACCAAGAAGUCUAAAGCCAACAGCAGCGCACAGCAGAGAGUUCCCAGCAUGGUAAACAUCCGACCUGGAACAUCCCUAUUGCAGAUGAACAACAUUGUUCCAUAUCACGAAGAUGACGACUACGCCUACGAUUGCUUAGAUGGAAAAGACUGUGCCAGCUUCUUCUGCUGCUUCGAUGACUGUCGAUCAGGAGCCUGGAGAGAAAACAGGAUGCACGUUCGAGUUUCAAAGAUUGAUUCUUACUCGCGAAUAUUUUUUCCGACUGCUUUUGGCCUUUUUAAUCUAGUUUACUGGAUUGCUUAUCUUUAUUUAUAAAAGAAAAUGUUUAUUUAUAACUGAAAUCAGCUGGAGUUUAACAUUUGCAGGUGCAUCAGCUGCUUUUAGACUAGUUAGAAGUAACUUUGCAAACUUUUGCUUUGAUAAUAUAAAGGGCCUGGCUGCAGAGAGGCAUGGCAUAUUAGUGAUAACAGCUUCAACAUCUUGAUCCUGCACAAUAAGUAGGAAAAAUCAUCAAUGUUAGGCUGAUCUUUUUGUGAAAUUAACUAUAAAGUGUUUGCACAUGUGAAACUCCAGUCUCCACAGAGGAACUAUUGCCAUCAGUCUUUAAUACAACAGCCCAAAUGUUUAUUUUCUCUUUGCUACUGUGCAUUGAUAUCAUGCUUUGCACUUUGCAUCUGCAAUUGAGGGAUAUUGCCCCUCUAAUUUGAAGAUAGGCUCCUUAAUUUUUCUUCGAAAAGCCAGUAACUUAUCUGAACAAUGGCCAAUUAAUUUGGUUCAGAAUAGUCAGGGAUCGUACCUUUACAAAUACACCUUAAUUGUUCUCUGCGUUUUUCCUGCAGGCUGUUAGGAGUGAUGAUGGUUAUUUUUAUGGCAGACAGAUUUUAUACUUUCAUGUAUUAUAUAUUGCAAAAAAAAGGUUUGAGUUUAUUCCUGUUCAAGCAAACACAUCAACUGGUAACUUAACCUCUCCAGCUGUAAACUGAUUGUUUUCUUACCGAAGACGUUCAUAAAAAAAGCUGCACAUCAUUUUAUAAAAGUCUGUGGCAUCUAAAGCACUUCUCAAUAACAUUGUACUUCAGCACAGCAAUAGAGUUUUACAGGCAGCUUUUAGUAGCAGAUUGUUUACGAGAACUAGAUACCUGUCUGGAUAAUUUUCUCCUUAUGCAUGUAUUUUUAAAAAGGGUGUAAUUUCUUCAAAAAUGUAAGAAUUUCCUUCAAUGAACUUGUAGUUUGGUGUUCUAGAUUACACAGCUUCCAUUUAUUCAUCUUUUGUUUUUAGUUUGAAGAAAAUCUGGCAGCAAAACAGAAAGAUUAAGUUCAGUUCUUCUUUCUGAAAUUAAUUAGAUGUUUACUCCUAGAAAACGUACCUUCAGAGAAGAAAAGUUGGGACCACAAGAAGAAGGGCAUUUUAUGCUUUGCCUCAUAUGCAUUCAGUGCUAUUCAAGCAUUCAUACAUCUUAGAAUGAAAAACACUAAUUUGUUGUUUUUCCCACUUUGUGAUUAAAGAAAAAACCCUCCCAACACUUAAAAGAUGUUCAUUGGAGACAUUAAGGAUAUCAAGCCAUGAAAAGUUUCAGGUGACAUUUUGUCUCAUUUUCCCCAUAAACUCAUCCUAAGGUGACAACAGUAAGCAGUUGUCACAAUUUUUUUUCUGAAUUCAUGAGGGAUUUUCUGUUGCACAGGAGCUCUAAUCAUAUUUGUCUAUAGUAAUGGAAUUUCAAGCCUUGUUAAUAUUAAUUGUUUUAUUAUCAAAAAGUGAGAAUUUAUUAUUUGCUUAAAGCUAAUGAUAAUUUCUUGUAAAUAUUUAGAAAACAUUUUAAACAUGCAGCUGUAAAAUGGCUGUAAACUUUAUAAAUCGGCAUUUAAUGGCCAACUAUUAUCAUAUUAAAAGCAACAUAACCUAAAAAUUAUUUUUUAGAAAUGACACAAGAUGCAAAUAAAUCUGUAUUUCCACUUGUUUCUGACAAGACAAGCAAUUUUAAAGUCAUGUCCUUUAAAAACAGGAAGUCACUACUUUUUGUGGAUGAUGACAUCUGUACAGAACUGAACAUAACAUAACGUAACAUAAUAGAACUGAAGUGAAAUUUUUUAUAAAUGGAACAAAGAAAACAUCAAAUUAGUCCAUCUUUAAGAGAAAUUGUUCAUUAUGAUUAAAUCAAAUCAGAAUAUGAAAGGUUUUAAACAUUAGACAGAAUUCAUGUUGCCUGAGACAAAAUGUUCUUGAGUAAAACAAAGAUAUUGAAUCAGGAAUAUACUGGCAUCUAUGCAAGCAUACAUAGUUUUAGGAAAACUGCAAGUUCAUUUGGUCAAAACGAAUAUUGCACAACUCAUUAAUCAGAUAUCUUAUUUGCAUACCAACUGGUUAACAUGAUACAUGAACUGACUGUGGACAAAUCAGGAAAAGAGCAUCUAAACUAAAGUUAAUUAAAAAUACAGUUUGAACUUUAAAGACAAGUUUGUGUCUUAUCCCAUGACUUCAUUUCACUCACUGCAUUCCAUUGCACUUUAUUUGGUUUAAGCUUUAACGCUAAACUGAUUAAAUAACUUGCGUUAAAAAUGAGGCACAUAUACUUUAUCCAUGCAGCACAGAACUUGAUUUAUACUUUUUGAUUUUCUUCCACAGACUUAACAGCAGUCCUCUACAGCUGCAGGCUGUAGUAUAUUGCCACUGCACAAGAGGGUAUUUUCUUAGUUUGAGUUAAAGCUUGUUGUGUUAUUCAUAUUUAUCUAUAGAACACUUUUUCAUACAGUUAAGUACGGAAGAGGAUUAG